AUGGUCUUUGCGACUGACGCAGGGGACGUGGCUCUAGCCGAUGAUACUUUCUUCUCCGACAGCGAUGACGAAAUUGACCUAGAUUACCCUGCCGAGGGAUUCUCCUCCAUCCGCGAGGCCAUCGAAGACAUCCGCCGUGGCAAGGUCAGUUGCCUGAGCUUCGUUCGCAAAGGAGCUAGGGUAUCCCUCCCCAUUCCUCGCUGACGCCUGCGUACGAAUAUCUCGCAGUUCGUGGUAGUGGUGGACGACGAAGACAGGGAAAACCAGGGAGAUCUCAUAAUGGCGGCAUCGCUGGUGACACCGGACGCGAUGGCGUUCGCUGUGAGACACGGCACUGGAAUAGUCUGCGUAGCCAUGAAAGGGGAAGACCUGGAGAGGUUGCAGCUCCCUCUGAUGGUGUCCAAGGAGAAAAACGAAGAGGAGCACUCCACUGCAUUCACCAUCUCAGUGGUACGCAAUCGUUCAUCGUAAAACCCUAUUGAACACAGAAUUUCAAUCUCUCGUUUAAUUCCCCCUCCGCCACUGUUGCAGGAUGUGAAGGAAAGGACGACCACAGGGGUUUCUGCAAGAGACAGGGCAAAGACAAUUCUCGCUCUGGCAUCACCCACCUCACGAGCUGAGGAUUUCAAUCGCCCCGGUCACAUCUUCCCCAUCAAAUACAGGGAAGGAGGUGUGUUGAAGAGAGCAGGACAUACAGAAGCUUCUGUUGAUCUUACCGUCCUGGCUGGGCUACCUCCGGUGGCCGUCCUAUGCGAGAUUGUGGACAAGCAUGAUGGUUCAGUGGCCAGAUUGCCCAGGCUAUGUGAAUUCGCACAGCAGGAAAAUCUGAAGAUCAUCUCCAUCGACGACCUAAUCAGGUCUCAGUCCAUCUCUCUUCCUUUUUCCCUCUAUAAAUUCCAGAGGGUCUGGCCAACAAAAUCGUUUCUUUCUUUCUCUCUCUCAGAUACAGGAGAAAAAGAGCAAAGCUGGUGGAGCGUUCUUCCAAUGCGCGGCUUCCCCUGGAGUGGGGCAACUUCCAGGCCCACUGCUACCGAUCCCUGCUCGAUGGGAUUGAGCACAUCGCCAUGGUCAAGGUGACCCCUCCUCUUCAAAGAACAAUGCCAGUUUGAACCAUCCAACUCUCUCUCUCUCUCUCUCUCUCUCUCUCUCUCUCUCUCUCUCUCUCUGUCCAAACUCUGUGACUGUGCUCAAACGGAGGAGAAGCUGAAGGUUGUUGAUGGGCGGCAGGGGGAGAUCGGAGAUGGGGAGGACAUCCUGGUGAGGGUGCACUCGGAGUGCCUCACGGGGGAUAUCUUCGGAUCGGCGAGGUGUGAUUGUGGGAAGCAGCUGGAGCUGUCGAUGCGGAUGAUAGAGAAGGCCGGGAGAGGGGUGUUGGUGUACCUGCGCGGGCACGAGGGAAGGGGCAUCGGCCUCGGCCACAAGCUCCGCGCCUACAACCUGCAGGACAGCGGCCGCGACACCGUCGAGGCCAACGAGGAGCUGGGCCUGCCCGUUGACUCGCGGGAGUACGGCAUCGGCGCCCAGGUGAAUCCCGUUUCUCUCUCUCUCCCUUUUUUUUUCUUUUUGAAGGCAACAGAGGGCGUCGACGCCCUGAGUCAACUCCCGCCCAACGGGGGCUGAAAAAUAUGCCUGGUUAUUUCUCCUUUACAGUGUCAACGGCCCUGUCUGGCCCGGAGGUCAACUCCCCUCUACCCUGGCGGGGUAGAGAAAUACGCCCAGUUCUCCUAAUUUGAAUGAAGUCAACUGGGGGGGUUCGGCCCUGAGUCAACUGGGCAGAUAAACAGGCACGGUUCUUUCUACUUUAGGGCUUCAACGGGCCUGUUCCAUGCUGAAGUCCUCCACCCCCAGUUGAAGAGAAAUAGGCCAGUUUUUUCUACUUUUUGGUGUCAACGGGCAGGGUAGACAUAGAAGUUUACAACGGCCUAGCCCCGAAAACCCGGCGCUAGCCUUAAAGUCAGAGCCCGUGUGGAGAGCAGGCCCAGUUGUUUCCAGCUUUGGUAGUCAACGGGUUAGGUAGCCCCGGAAGUCAACUCCACCCAAAACUGGAGGGAGAAAUAUUCCCGGAUAUUUGUAUCCCAGGGUGUCAACGUGAUGGGUGGGCGGAGGUCAACUCCCCCUCACCCCGAAGAGAAAUAGACCCGGUUAUCCGCUUUUUGGUUUCAAUGCCCGGAAAGUGAAACUUAUCCAAUUAAACUUGAUCAAGGGAAUGAUGGGUUGACUUUUGAAAGAUGCAAAUGGUUAUGGUACGAUUCUCGUUGCAGAUACUGCAGGACCUUGGGGUGAGGACGAUGAGGCUGAUGACCAACAACCCAUCCAAGUUCAUCGGGCUCAAGGGCUACGGGUUGACCGUGGUGGGGCGGGUCCCACUGCUGACUCCCAUCACCUCGGAGAACAGAAGGUACUUGGAGGCCAAGCGGGCCAAGAUGGGCCACGUUUAUGGACCCCAAUUCAAUAGACGGCUGCGCGGCUCGGAUGAAGUCAACGGUGUCUCCUAA